UACACCCUCUUUACGCCAAGUUGAUGUGCUGUGUCGACGCCUCGGCGUGGCGCUGCUGAGCGUGGUUCGUGGCAGAGCUGCGGCGGCCAUGACGCCAAGCCUGAAAGUCGUGCCCUCUGAGCGAAGCACGUGGAGGCGGGUGCAGGACCGCCAUCCUGCGCCGCAGUCGCCAGCAUCCGCCAUCGCGCAUCGUUGCCCCCUGCUGUCAAAUCACGGCGCCGCCGGCUGCGGGGCGGCGCGAUCGCCGUGGCCUCGGCUGCCGCGCUCAGAGCAGCAUGCAGCCUGCGAAAAGGAAGCAGUCGAGUCGCAGCCGGUGCGUGCUGGCGGGAGGGACGUGCGCACGCCUGUGCCCCUGCUCCCUGCCCUGAGCAGCCCCUCUUACUUGCUGGACUUCGGAUGUGCAAGCUGCGUUCCACACUUGCACGCAGCGCAGUUGGACGCCGAGACAAGGCGCGGUGCACCGCCUGCUGCGGCAGCACCAGCCAGCUCAUCGCCUCUCGCGGCUGGCUGCUGCUGCCACGCCGCGCGCGCGUCACGCCUCGUACGCGCAGCAGCGCGCUGCGGCAUCCGAAGCCGACGCGGCGCACGGCAGAGGUCAACGUCGACGGCCGGCUGCCCAGGAGGCCCAUCGUGCCCCUCCGCUGCCAGAUCUGCAGGCCGGUGCUCCUGAAAAGGCGCACACAUGGGCACAGCCUGCACUCUGUAUGCGAGUGAGGGCUCAUUUGAGGCAUGCUGGCCUGCUCCGCCCUCUCAGGGGUGCUCCCAGGCGCCCCGCAGCGCCGCAGCCAUCCUUCGCGCUUAUUUGGCCGCGUCCGCACGCACGGCGCGGCGGCGCGGGCGGCGCGUGGCAGCAGACGUGGCGAUUUGCGCAGCGGGAGGCUCGAGGGUUGCGAGCAGAGGCAGGCUCGGCGCUGCAUCGUCUGCCGCUGCGGGUGCGUCACGCGCGCUGCUGCCCCUGCGCCGCGCACAAGAAGACGUGAG